CCGCGGGCACCAGCGUGGUCGGAGGUGGGCGCAAUGCUCAGGCUCUUGGCAUCAGGCUGCUCCCGCGCCCUGGGCGCACGGGGGCUGCUUCCCCCGGGACUCAGUCGCACCCCCAACCGUGAGAUUUCUGAUGCCCCCCGAAACCAGCCCCUUAACUCUGAGUUCGUGGCCAGGUCUGUGGGUGUUUGCUCCAUGAUGCGACUGCCGGUGCAGGCCUCGCCGGAGGGGCUGGACGCCGCGUUCAUUGGGGUGCCUCUGGACAUUGGGACCUCCAACCGCCCAGGAGCCAGAUUUGGACCCCGGCGAAUCCGGGAAGAAUCUGUGAUGAUUCGCACCGUCAACCCCAGCACCGGAGCCCUCCCCUACCAGUCCCUCAUGGUGGCAGACCUGGGUGAUGUGCAUGUCAACCUGUACAACCUGAAGGACAGCUGCCACCUCAUCCGAGAGGCCUAUCAGAAAAUUGUAUCGGCUGGCUGUGUUCCUCUGACCAUGGGGGGAGAUCACACAAUCACAUAUCCUAUAUUGCAAACGAUGGCAAAAAAACAUGGCCCUGUAGGGCUGCUGCAUGUAGAUGCGCACAUGGACACAGCUGACAAAGCCCUAGGAGAGAAGCUCUACCAUGGAACGCCUUUCCGCCGGUGUGUGGAGGAGGGACUCCUGGAUUGUAAGCGUGUGGUACAGAUUGGCAUCCGGGGCUCUUCCACGACCUUGGACACCUACAGAUACAGCCGGAAUCAGGGCUUCCGGGUGGUGCUGGCAGAAGAUUGCUGGAUGAAGUCGCUGGUUCCACUCAUGGGGGAAGUGAGGCAGCAGAUGGGAGGCAAACCUAUGUAUAUCACCUUCGAUAUUGAUGCAUUGGAUCCUGCCUAUGCCCCAGGGACAGGGACGCCUGAAAUCGCAGGUCUCACUCCAAGUCAGGCUCUGGAAAUCAUUCGGGGUUGUCAAGGUCUCAAUGUGGUGGGCUGUGACCUAGUGGAAGUUUCACCGAUGUAUGAUCUUUCUGGGAACACGGCGCUCCUGGCAGCAAACCUGCUCUUUGAGAUGCUCUGUAUUCUCCCCAAAGUGAAAACUGCCUGAGCCCUUGUGCCUGAAGAUGAAACAAGAUUAUGUGGGCACUCUGGUGGAGGUGGGGUGCUGUAGACUGUACGUUAAUACCACAGACAGUAACACUAUUGUAACCAUGUUAUCUAAAAUCAUAAAAAAUAAAGUCCAUCGCACCGAUUGAUAGAUUCUCAUGAAGAAUUUAUGAGCAAGAUAGUACGAGGGUUAAGGUCCUUAACUUGUAUGAAGUUUACCCAGAUUCAAUCCCUGGCAUGGUAUAUGGUCCCCUGAAAACUGCCAGGAGUAAUCUCUGAGCACAGAUCCAGGAGUAAGUCCUGAGAUCUGCCAAGUAUGGGUUCAAAACAAAACAAAUAAAAUAAAAAUGGGCAAGCUA